AUUUUUAAAAACACAAAAAUACUACAAGAAAAUUGUCCAACUCUAAUCUUUUUAAAAAUUGAUAUAAAGAAGUGGAAGUCCUCCUACCUCCUACCAACCUAAUCCCUCCCCAUAAAUACUACUAACAAUUCAGUUAUUAUCUUUCUCAGUUGUUUCCUACUUUUAAAAGGCAUAGCUAAAAAAUAAAAAAGGCAUAUCUAAAUCUAAAUCUAGAGAGAUACACACACACGUACACACACACACACAGGUUAAUAGUUUCUUUGUGCUCUGGUCCUUUACCCUCCAAUUGGGGCUUUUGAUACAUGACCAGGAUUAGCAUUUUUCACUGUUAAGCAUCAAUAUUCAUAUUCUUAUUCCAUGCUCUUCUCUCCUAAGGGUCAAAGGUCAAAAUCAACAAAGUGGAACCUUUUUUGGAAAACAUGGGAAUUAUAGUCAAGGAUGAGGAACUUGAUGAACUAAUGACCCAACUACCAACUGAUGGAAAUGGGAAGGUUAAUAUUCAGUCAAUCAUGGAGGGCCUGAGGAAGUUUAAACGAUGCUGAAUGACCUACAUUGAAAACACAUUCGCUCUAAGGCUGGAAAGAGCUUACGAGUCAUUCUCUCCCUUGGCCUGAGCCUGAGCAGGGAAUGAGGUCACAGUUGUAUGAUGGAACAAACCCUUUAUUGGAUUCUUGAUCUGAUUGAAGCCCAGAAGUGAGUCACUGGCCACAUGGCAGUUUCAGAAAUUAAAGCAAAACUUAAGCUGAAUCCUCUAACAAAAGUACCCAUCUCCCACGGCAAGAGGGAUAAAGACUUACCAGGAUUUCAAUGCCAAAUACAACACAAAGAAAAGAAGUUAACUGCUUCACAAAUGGAAGCCUUCCAACAUGCCUACAACUUCUUCAACAAGGAUAAAACAGGCUGUAUUGAUUUACACGGAAUGAUGUGCACUUUAGCUAAAUUGGGAAUGAGUCUAAGCAAGUAUGAUGUCUAUAAUGAAUUAAGAUGUGCUGAUGUUGAUGGAGAUGGGAAGGUGAACUUCUCAGACUUCAUAAAUGUGCUAACAGAUAAGAACUGCUUCCUCAAGGCUGUGCUUCCAGAAAAGGAGAUCUGUUUAGAUUUAGCUGGCAACCCGGGGAUCCUAUUGUUUGAAAUCCUAUCAAAGCUUGUAGAGACUUCAGCCCUACCCAAAAAGGCUAUAAUGGAAAUAGUAAGCUAUUUCCGAAAAAAAUUCCAGCAUACUGGUAGAGGAGUAAUAUGGAAUCCCUGUGCUACGAGUUAUGGAAAAAAGAGACUUAAGCCAGAAGUGUACACACCUUCAAGCUCAAGCACAGCUGCCUUUGCUAAUGCUGCCCGAGCUGCAAUAAUGAAAGAAAAGGAUUUAUUUAAAUUUCUUGAAGAGCUCAAGAGAUGCAAUCCCCCUUCAGAUAGCCCAUAUUCAAAAAUACCCAUCUUUCCACUGUUUCCUAACGUGGAUGGGGUAGUGAUGGGAAAGCCAUUCAGAGACGUACAGAAAUUAGAAACGUUAAGGAAAAAGGAACCUUUGAAUUUCUUUGAUAACUAUUUUUUCCAUAAAAAGGACUGGAAAGCACAGGCAGCAAAUAUAAAGCCUAUAGACCCUGCCUCAGGCUAUUCAAGUGAAAUCUAUACCAUUGGUGAAAUGUUCAAGAGAAAGCAGACUUGGACAGUGGCUGAUGCAGCUGAUAUUAAACAGCAGGUGAAGAGAGCUACAGAUAACUAUCAUUUAGGGAUUGCCCUUGAGCGCCGGAAAGAAAUGCUAAACUUCUGGCGGAAGAUCCGAGGAGAUUUGGUUGGGAUAGACACUAAAAAUGAGUCCUUUUAUGACACCUUUUCUACUUACACAUGGUCCUGGAAUGUUUGUCAAGAAUUACUUUCUCCUAAGGAUUUAAAGUUAUAUGAUUCCUACAUGAAUGGAAAUUCCACCCACAACUCUGGACUCUCUUCCCCAUCAGAUGUCAGUGAAAGUGACAUAGAGACAGGAAGAAAAAGAAAAUGGAAAAGUUCCAGAGGGUUUCAACAAUGAAAUGUCUACAUUUUCUAAACAGCUCGUCA